AUGUCCUUGAAUGAGAGUGCCGAAGCCAGCCCCAACAACUCCCCCUCGGGUAUCAUCGAGACUAUGGUAGUCUCCCCGCCCGAAGUUGACAAAAAUUGCCGUGAGAACGUUGACGGGCGUCAAGAGGCCAAACAUCAUUACAACCAACAUGAACUUGAGGUUGCAGAUCUCCCAAUUGAUGAGCUUCAAAAACCCAAGAAUCAUCGCGAGACGGACAAGAUUAAGGCCCAAAAACUUCUAGAUGAUGGACAACAAGACCCCAGACAGCACGACAAUCCGGACGGCCCCAAAGUACCUAAGCUUUCGCUGGAUAACGAGACACCGCAGCGUUCCUACAAUUACCAGAUCACAAAAGCUUUGAAAGCACUUGCCGAUAAAGUAUCUGUCUUGUGGAAUACGGGACUCAAGUCCAGUUCAGAUGCGGCUACGAGGAGGUCCCAGUGGUGA